UCUGGCCUAGGAUUGCCGGGCGGGGGUGGCGCCCCCGGGAAACCCCCCCGGCCGAAAGAGCCUUGGCUUGCGAGGCCAGGGCUGCGUGGCUCCCUUGUCGCCCUCCCCCGGGCUCUUUGGGCCUCCUUCCGAAGGGUCGCGGGAGCGAACGGACCCCCAGCCUUUCGGGAAAGGGGCUUUUCUGAAUUCAGCGAGGCCUGGGGAAAAACGGGUGCUUCCCAGAAACCCGGGAAUUAACUUCUCCUCCUCUUUCUUCCUAGGGGAGACAUGUCGACAUGCCUAUUGCCGUGUGCCGCCAGGUCUCUUUAGAGAGUUGCCUGCUUCUGGCUCUUUCCCCUCGAUGAACGGUUGCCUCCGGUGGACACCAUGUCCGAUAUCUUCAUCAACCUGGACACGGUCCUUCACCCGCCUGCCAAAAAGGGCUCCGUGGGGAACAAGAAGCACCAGCGCUUCAUCAAACGCCGCCAGUUCCUAGAGAGAAAAGGCUUUCUGAAGCAGAAGCAGCUGCCCUCCCAGCCUCCCCUGCCCAGACGGGACCCCUCCUACAGCUGCUGCGCAGGACCCAACCAGGGCAAGAAGAGGCAGAAAGUGGACAGGCAAGGGGGCGGCAAAGCCAUACGAGAGGAUGGCUCCCCCCGCCGGCUCAAAAUGCCUCCCAAAGACAGCUCCAGUUCGGGCACUACGGAUGCAGGAUCCCAGACCUCCAGCCCCUCUGGAGCUGCCUCAGCCUCAAGGAAAACGGGGAGCAGUGCGGGGAGGCCCAACGGGACCCUCACCCACUGCAGCCGGGGGGAUAUCCCCCGAGUCAGCCUGCUGAACGAAUUCAAGAGCGGCCUCCCCGAAGCCCCGGCAGCAGUCAAGCCCAGCAAAAUGGUGGCCAUUGACUGUGAGAUGGUGGGCACCGGGCCUGGCGGGCGCAAUAGUGACCUGGCCCGAUGCAGCGUGGUCGGCUACUAUGGCGAUGUGAUGUACGACAAGUACAUCCGCCCGCUGAGCCCUAUCACCAACUACCGGACUCGGUGGAGUGGCAUCAGGCAGCAUCACAUGAAAGAUGCUGUCCCCUUCAAGCUCGCCCAGAAAGAGAUUCUUAAGCUUCUCUCUGGGAAGAUUGUCAUUGGCCACGCCAUCCACAAUGACUUCAAGGCCCUCAAAUAUUUCCACCCCAAAUCCUUGACCAGAGACACUUCAAAAAUCCCUCUGCUCAAUCGGAAGGCCGGCUUCCCCGAGAAUGAGUCGGCCUCCCUGAAGCGACUCACGAAGGAGCUCUUGCACCGAGACAUUCAGGUUGGCCACAACGGCCACUCCUCGGUCGAAGAUGCCCGGGCCACCAUGGAGCUGUACAAGGUGAUUGAGGUGGAGUGGGAGAGGCACUUGGCUACCUCCCCACCCCAGGAUGGGCUGCCUGGCACCACGUGACUGCCCUUGGCCAAGAACAAGCUAGCCUGGACUUAUGGGGCGAGAGCUGCAGAUGCUCCAGAAGCACUUUGGAGUCUGGAGGGGAGGGGGCAGAGGAGGGAAAGAAGGUGUAACUGAUCUGAGGGGCGGGGGGUGAGAAGAAUGAGUCCAUUACAUUGUUUCCAGCUGAGGCCCGCAUUGGUGUGUUCCUUGCAGGCUCCGUGGCUUCUUGGAGACGGACCUUACCCUUAAAACUGGGGUGGGGAGGAAGGUCUGCCUCCCGGUGCUCCAGGGGUGCUGGUGCCUCCCCAGAGUGGGGGAGAUCGUAGCUGCCUCUGAGGGGAGGGAGCAGGAAUGGGACCAGGACCACAGAGGGUCUGCCUUUCCUCAACCAGUAGGGCAUAAUCCUCCCCAAUGUCACAUCGUCCUCCUUGGUGCUGAAGGCUGGGGGUUUGACCGUUGCCCCAUUAGAGACGGUUGCCCCAGUAUCGCCAGGUGGGGGAGUCUCCCUCUUGUUGGAUGGUGUCUGGAAAGUGAUGCCCCAAGUCGCCCCCCGUCAUCUGAAGCUUGGGGGCACCCCAGGCUGCAGGGAGGCCACUCUGGGAGUGCUCCCUUCAGGAGCAGCCCGGGAGCUGGCAUCAGCGCCUGUGCGUGCAGAGAGGAAGCAGGGCGGUUCUCCUGGUCUCCCACUUCGUCUUCAGUUGCAGGACUUUGUCUUCCAAGAUGCACUGGGGACUUUUAUCAUCACCACGCCUUCUGACCUUAGCACGUCGUGUCGUGACAGCACAGUUAGGGAGGACGUGGAUCUGUUUUUAUGACUUGGACUGCCAAUACGUGGUGUCGGGGGGGGAGGUUGCUGGAUAGUUGUAGUAGUAGAAGUAGCAGAUCUGACUCAUGAGCCUGCCAGUGGUGACUGUAAUCGGGUUUUAUCCAAUAAAAAACCGCUUACC